UGACGGCGGAGAAUGGAGAGGAGUUCGUCCGCCCGGCUCGGCUCUUUCCUUCAGGAGCCAGCGUGCUGAAAGAAACCGGGAGGAAUUACCUGGGGGGGAAAAGGAAAGGAAUGGCUGAUCCUCUGCGGAGGACUUUACUAGCGAAACUCCGGGGGAAGAAAUCCAAGAAAGGAGCGACUGUCGGUGGUGGAUACGGCUCCGCUGCGGUGAAUGGGGGCCGAGAAGGUAAAGAAAAAGUUUUGCAGCGAGAUUCCGACGAGGGUCGUCCGGUAGUCUUGCUCUCAGAGCUGGAUUGCACGACAGAGAGAAUGAGUACGUACGAGAAUUGUGUUGACGGGGCGAUGGUGCAAACUGGGGGGGUUGUGAUAGUCCGGGGGAGCCGUGCAUCGGAGGUGGCCGGCGCACGUCCCCAGGAGCCGAGCAGCAGCGGGGGUAGGGGUCGGGUUAAUGAGGAGCUCCUGGGGGUCUCACUUCAAAGAGAGACAGUGCAGUUUGGGGGAGAUGUUAGGGGAGCAGAUAGGAGCCACCAGGGGCCCAGAUCCGCUGACAGUAUCACGUUAUCGGCGGGGGUGCCACUCGGAGGACCGCAUGUCCAGAGGAAACACUCCGUCUCGGUCGGGGAUUCAAUCGGGUUUGGGGACAAUUCAAAUCACGUUUUGUCCUGUGCACGGGUAGAGCCGCACACCGGGGUCUGUAACCCGCCAGAGGGCCGAGUUACUACCGCUGAUAGCGAGCCUCUGGACAGAGGACACCCCCGGCACAUGGCAGGGACUGUAGUGGCUGUAAAUGUACACAACGCCAACUGGAGUUUUGACAACAACCCAACUUUGGAGACAAACUCAUCAGUUUGCGCAGCACUUGUGAAUCCAAACUGCAUCUCUGUCAACACAGAAGAAAACAUUUUAAUCAGAAAUAUUGAAAGCUAUGAGCCUGAGUAUGCAGGGGACAUCAGGGGGACAGUAGGCUGUCUGCAGAGCCCGACGUUUUUCCCCACAGAGCUAGACAUAUGCGACAUUAACAUGGCAUCCAUGUGCGCCACAGAGGAGUCGCUUAGAUACCCUUUAGACAGUGAAGAUGAGGAUUACUAUGAUAACGAAAUUCUGCCUUUUUAUGAAACUAUUCGAGCAAACAGUGCUGGUGACAGAGCAGAGGUUGCAGAGCCGCCACUGUCAGGUCAGGAUAAAGGACAGACUGAUGAGAGUAACAGUGCGCAGGAAACAGACAGGCUUAGGAACCAGCUGAAAGAGGCUUAUUACCUCCUCAUCAAUGCUAUGAAUGAUAUCAACCUGGAUGUGCAGCAGAUUAGUGGUGGUUUAACCGAACAGCAGGCCACAUCCUCCUGUAGUAGCCACUCCAGGGAUAGUCUGUGCUCAAGGUUGUCUGCCAAAAACAUGGACAGUGACUCCUGGUCCUCAGGAGGUGACCACAGCCCACAGCAAGUGUCUGACACUGACUCAUUGCUGGUUUGCCUCAGUGGAAACAUUGAGUCAGGCCUUAAAGGUAGACUGAACAGUAAGAGCAUGUUGAAUCUGUCCUUGGCCAAGAUAAGACCCACAUUACUGCGCUCUGCAAGUGAUGGAGCUAUCAGGUAUCCAGGUGGACCGUUACUGUGUAUUAAAGCUCCUGGAACACAGAGUCCAGAAAUCUGUAGUGAUACUGGGGCUGCAGAGGUAAAAUCAGCUAAAGAGGGUGACGGGGCUAAAGUCACAGGAUUGGGUGAGCUGUCAGACCCUCCAGUUCUUUACAAUGCCACCAGCAGUGAGGAGCUGCUACAAGACGCUGGCUGUGAGGAGGACCGUGGCGGGCAGCUCAAUGAGAGCAGCAGCUCAGUCAACAGCCUCACAGGCUCCUCGGACAGCAACGCAGAGGCCUCGUCGAAUCAGGGUCACGACAACAAGCAGGAGCUGAACGGUGGUGUCCGAGCACAGGGGGCCAACUCGGUCAACAAGGGGCACGGCGUCACUGUCAACAAGAUGCAAGAGUGGAUGCACAAGGGACGGUUGUUGUCUUCCGAGAUGAAGCAACGCAUUGAGGGCUCGUCACCGUCUUUGCCCCGCGGGGGAGGCCAAAACCAGGACCAAGCUAACCUCGGGGGGUGUAAACCAGGGAUCCACACAUCCAGCCGAGGGGUUAAAUCUGUCAAGGCGAAGUCACCUACAGUCAAGUCACCACGGCAGCAGCAGCCAGCUUUCAUUGAGAAUGUCCAAACCCCCUGCGCUAACAGCCGCGAGGCGGGCAGGGCCAAUGAGCUUUCAACAUGGCGACCGCAUCUCAACACCAUCACUGUCUCCAAGAAGCGCAAUUGGCUGCAGCAGAGCUCCCUCGGGAGGAACCACUGCACCAAGGACGAGCUGCAGGGAAUGCUGGGAGCUGAGGAGGAGGGCUGCCAGUUUUCCCAUCAGCCGCCUCCUCCUCCCAGUCCCUCCCCAGACCACCUGAGACCCUCAGGGGCAGCUCCUUCACGGCCGGUCCGCCUGCACCUGCCUCAGGUUAGCGUCAGUCAGGCCAAGCUGUCUCCUCACCCUCGGAGUGUGGACCCAGCAGAGGAGAACGACGCGGACGAUGAAGGAGAGAUCUGGUAUAACCCGAUCCCAGAAGACGAUGAGCUGGAGAUGUCCCACAGACCCUCAGUUCGGCUGCUAGUCCCACCUCGAGUUGAGCCCCAGAGGAGGCCAAGCAGGGCAGGAGAUGUGGGUCACAAUGGGAGGACCCUGGAGAUCGGCGGUGGCGGCGCCGGGCCAGAGGUGCUUGGGGAAAGCCUCGGUGGCUGUGGCAGUACAGGAGAUGGGAGUCAGGGGAAUGCUGUACAUUCCACAGAGGCGCUACAUCUGCACAGACAGAUGCUCGCGUGCAAACCUCAGGAGGAGGGGGGGCCUUCCACCAGCAGAGCCAAAGAUGGUCCUGAUCUGCCCAACACCGUUGGCUUCUCCCCACCCUCCAGUCCAAACCCUGCAAAGAAGAGUAGCUCCAUCAACUGGUCCUUCCCAGACAAGAUCAAGUCCCCGCGCACAGUCAGGAAGAUUUCCAUGAAGAUGAAAAAGCUCCCGGAGCUUAGCCGGAAACUCAGCGUCAAGGGGACCCCGAGUAACAGCAACGGAAGCAGCCACUUAGAGCCCAGAGCUCACUCCUUCCGAACCAGCGGCAGUGGGUCGGAGGCUAACUCCCACUCUUCGGGUCCUCAGAGAUUAGCUGGUUCUGGAGGUGGGCAGGCAAGGCGUAACGUCAUCUCACGUUACCACCUGGACAGCAGCGUUUCCACACAGCACAGCUUCAGUAAGAAGAAAAGUGACGGCAGCUCAAAGUCCGCCAGUAAAGGUGGCUAUCUUAGUGAUGGGGACUCACCAGAGCUGGUGGCCAAAUCUGGGAAGCACAGCUCUGCAGAUGGGAAGGGAGGGAAAGGUAAGGAGACAGAAGGAGGCGGUGGAAGCUCCAAACUCAGUGGCACAGAGUUGGACAUUGAUGCUUUCCGCCAUUACAGCUUCACAGAGCAGCCCAAGUGCAGCCAGUACAUCUCCGGACUGAUGAGCCUGCACUUUUACGGCGCUGAGGACCUCAAACCGCCACGCAUUGACUCUCGUGAUGUCUACUGUGCCAUCCAAGUGGACUCGGUUAAUAAAGCACGAACCGCUCUCCUCACAUGUCGAACUACUUUCCUAGAUAUGGACCACACCUUCAACAUCGAGCUGGAGAACGCCCAACACCUGAAGUUGGUAGUGUUCAGCUGGGAGCCCACGCCGAGGCGCAACCGUGUCUGCUGCCACGGCACGGUGGUCUUGCCCGCACUCUUCCGGGUGACACGUUCGCACCAGCUGGCGGUGAAGCUGGAGCCGCGGGGUCUGAUCUAUGUUAAGCUGAGCCUGAUGGAGCAGUGGCAGAACUCACUGGACGGGGGGCCAGAUGGAGACAGGGAGCCCCAGGUGUUUGGUGUGGAGGCGUGGCGGGUGGUGGAGCGGGAGGACACUGGACUCAUCGUGCCACUGCUUAUAAGCAAGUGCAUCAAUGAGAUCGAGAGGAGAGGCUGCCAGGUGGUGGGUCUUUACCGUCUUUGUGGCUCUGCAGCUGUAAAGAAGGAGCUACGUGAGGCAUUUGAGAGAGACAGCUACAGCGUGGAUCUGUGCGAAAACACGUAUCCUGACAUCAACGUCAUUACAGGGGUUUUGAAGGACUACCUACGAGAGCUGCCCUACCCUUUGAUCACCAAGCAUCUGUAUGAGGCAGUGUUGGAGUCUAUGGCUGUGAGGCCUCUGCGUAUCGGAGCAGGGGGCUGCGAGAACGACCAAGCCGACUCAGAGCACACUGUCAGCCUGCUGGAAAUCCUGCCAGAGGUGGAGAGGAUGACACUGCGGAAGCUUCUUGACCACCUGAAGUUGGUGGCGUCCUACCAGGAAGUGAACAAGAUGACGUGUCAGAAUCUGGCGGUGUGUUUCGGCCCGGUUUUGCUCAGCCAGCGUCAGGAGGCGUCGUGCCACACCAACCGAGUCUUCAUCGACUCUGAGGAACUGGCCAGCGCACUGCACUUCAAAAAGCACAUUGAAGUCCUGCACUACCUGCUGCAGCUCUGGCCAGUUAUAGACCCGAAUGCUCAGUCCUCUUCUCCGACCCCUGCGGCCUCCUCGGACCUGCUGUCAGCUCCUAUAAGACGUAGAAAAGAGCGCCCCCAGGUGCUGAACCUCAGUGAAGCGGAGAUGGUGGGUGUUCUGCGGCCCAAACCAGGGCGUCUGGACAGCCCGAGCAACCGCUACGCCGGUGACUGGAGUGGUUGCGGCGAAAGUUACUUCCCUUGUGAAAUGCUGCUGCCUCCCAGCAAAGAGGAGGCGGACUAUGAUGACGUGCCCUCUGAGGAUACAGAGGCAACUGAGGAGAGGCAGGAGAAGCCUGAGGGUACAGAGGAGGGUAAAGUGUCUGAUUUCGCUGAGCAGGAGCAACCUCUGAGAGAAGAGGUGGUGAAAGAGGGUGAAAAGCAGGUAGAGAAAGAGGACGAAGAAGAGGAGGAAGAGGAGGUGGAGGAGGAAGAGGAGGAAGAGAAGCAAGAAGAGAGUGACGAUUCAGGCAACAGGCAUUUGUUGGAGGAAGAAGAGCAGGAGGAAGAGGAGGAAAGGGUGUGUGACCACAUCUUGCCCCCACGGCUGCCCAAGGAGCACACCUACCAGGCUUACAUGAAGAUCCAGGAUAUCAGUCCCGUGCUAAGCAACAGGGUCAACCUGAGAGACCUGCAGGAGAGCAUCGACACUCUGAUAGGAAACCUGGAGAGAGAGCUCAACAAGAACAAGCUCAAUGUCGGAUACUGACUCCUGUUACACACAUAUCUACUCAAACACUCACAAAACCUGAUGAGGUCGGGGGGGAAGACCUUCUUAGCCAAUCAAGGUGCUUCAAGAUACAGCCACAGUGUUUCCACGAAGAUCCUGUGAUGGCAACAGGGCAGCGUGGCACAUGGUGUUGCUGUAAAAAAAGCUAAAGCAUGAGAUGAGAAGAAACUUAACUGGGCACUUCAUGUGUUUGUACCUUACCCAUAGACAUUCCUUCAUGUUUUUAUUUUCCUUUUGUUUUGUUGACUGUCUGACUUCAUGUUGUUGGUUCGUUUCGGUCCAGUUUUGUGUUCCAUGUUGUUAUUGUUGCUUCUCUUCUUAUUAGAAGAACCCAUUGACCCCUCAGGGGUUUAAAAGGUGCCUUAAUUGUGUGAAGGUGGUACGUCAAGAGGUAAAUACACCCUGAAACAUACUGUAUCCCCUCCUAUGAUCUUAAAUAAUCCAGUAGACCAACCCUUUCUGAUGUGAAGAAGAGUUGGGUGCUACCUCUGCGCUUUUCACCACCUUGUGCUGUUUUCACAUUGAAAUAAGCUAUAGAAUAGUUAGUUUAAAGCAGGUACGAAUCAGGAAAUCACCUUGGUACGAGUUUGGUGCAACUUUUUGAUCAAUCAUUCUAAUAUCAAUGGACAGUUACUGGUAUAUAUUGUUGAGUGCAGAUAAAAAAGAUAUCUAGUCCAUAAAAUUGACCACUUUCCAAGAUUCCCUCCAUUAUCUUCUUAGCGUGUCUCUCUGAAGCAACAUUUGGACAUGGAGCACUUCCACGUCUUUCCUGUGGUAGGAAAAAAUCUGGGGUGCAUUAAGAAUUGGUUUUCAAGAAAAAUAUGUAAUUAAGUAAUUAAAUGAAUGAAAAAUAUGCAAAGAAAACAAAACUUCUCUGCCAGACCUACGGACAAGGAAAGCCCUUCAUUAUUUCAACAGUGGAAGAACAUUUGAACUCCACUUUUACUGACAAGAACAUAGGUCUUUAAAGUUGCAUGGAGAACAUUUCUAGCUUGUGGUUUCAUGUAGUUUCUAGUUAAUAAACUCACUAUUUAUUAAAUGAGGUGCUCUUGUCAUUGCAUGUAAUGGUCAAAAUCAAAGCAAUAAAGACAGAUAUCCUGACUACUAGUCCUUAAAGGAUCAGCACCUGUACUGAACUUCAUGUGUCAAAUCUGUGGAGUGCUCCUUUAAGCAAACCAAGAUCAUAGGAGAAGCAUGUGUACAUUGUUUUAGGGGCGUAUUUCCUCUUUAAGGCAGCAGAGAGCUUUUUCUUUUGAGGUAUGAAACACUAAAUGUUGUACAACAAUAAUGCACUUAUGAGGCAGGCAGUAGUGUAGAUUGUCAUUAUAGUUCAUGCAGUAAUAUUCUGGCUGUGAACUGGAUUAAGGGAGAAACAGCCGCCACUGAAACCUCCUCUUAAGGAUUGAAUAUUAUUAGAGAAUGGGUUUAACAAUUCAUUUACCUUGUGCUUUGUGUAAGGUUUUUCAAUGUGUCGACACCCAUCUACAAGCAUACACACACACACACCCGUCAGAAUUGGAUGUUCACAGAAAGCUGUACAGUAGAGAUACAUUUGAUUUUAAGCAGGCAAACUAAACAGCGAGAACAUGUGUUUCAUGUGGCAUCAUAUUCAGUUUACGCUUAAAGGAAGAGUUUGACAUUUUGGGUACAUCGUGUCUCAGCUACAGCCAAGAGACAGUUAGCUUAGCUUAGCAUAAAGACUGUAAACAGGGGAAACAACCUCUCUGUACAACUUGAUUUGAUAUGUAUCUUUAUAAUGUUACACAGUCAAUCUUGUUAUACAGAAACAAUACAAUUACAUUUCCGAUUCAAAUAUGAUUCGAAAUGCCAAGUCAAAUUUUAUAUUUCUGAUCACUUUUUAGCCCAGUCCCUUUUUUCACUGAAAUGCAGCAGACUGGGUUUUGUGUACCUCAUUUCCUGGGUCAGUGUUAUCCUUCUGAAUUUGGGAUUUUCAUUCAUGUUGCACAGGCACAUGUCCCUGUAAAAGAAACAGCACAUGGCUUCAAGUUUGCUUUCAACCAGGAGGAGCUAGGGUCCAGAAAUAGCUUUAGCUGCUAACUCCACUCGGAUUGUGUUGACAGUGACAUAAACUGUGAGGAGUGUGAAGACAGAAAGGGUUCAUUGGAUUAGUUUUAGACAUGAAAUAUGUUUUUCUAAAUUUCAUCCAUAAUUUGGAUCUGAUCUGUGUUUCUGUAUCAAUGUUGCUUAUUAUAAAGGUUUUCCCAUACACAUCUGACACCCCUAGUCUAAAAGUAAAGAACAAAAUCUUCUAAAGCUCACUAAUUAACAUAUUAUAUCUUGUUUGUUUAAUCUAUACAAAAACAGAUGUCCUAGGCUCUAGCUUCAUAUUAACCAACAUAUAUGAGAGCGAUAUUGAUGUUUUCAUCGAACUCUUGGCAGGAAAGUGAAUAAGCAUGAUACCCAAAAUAUCAAAGUGUUCCUUUAAAAAAAAAAAAAAAAAACCCAACCAGUCACCCUUUUUGCUUCUUCCAGCUUUUUGGCAAAAAAAAAAAAAAAAAUUGUGAAAUAGACGCAGCCAAAUGUGAAGCACAAUGUUCAGAGCGGCAGUGGAAACUGUUAGCUUCAGUUAGUACGACUUAGUUAGCUGCCUAAAUCGACAAAGGACGUUUUCAGCAAUCCAGGGAUUCAGAAUGAUCAGUAUUUAACCUAUAUGUAUAUGUAUAUAAUUAUAUAAAUGUGUUCGGAGUAUAUUAUUUUUACAGCUUAUAUUUCAAUGGCGUAUUUAAAUACUUCCGAUGACCUCGUAGUGUUGACUUGUAGCAAUAGUCGCUUUCCUCCCUUCAAGCUACCUGUACACAUCUUAAUGUGCUGGACUAAUGGUACAACUUUAGCUGUAAAAUAUAUGAUAAAAUCGUGCUCUUGCAGAAAAAAGUGAUAUUGUUAUUUUUGUUAUUUUGUGUAUAUAUUUGACAUUGUUUUUGUCUCUGGUGGACUAAGCUGUGUUCAUGAUAUUUGGUGUUUUUUUUUUUUGUUUUCUUUUAAAGGUAUUGAACGUUGCAUGGUCAAAAGCUUUACUGACAUAAACAAGGCUAUUUCUCAUCUGCCUUUGUCUUUGAUAUUUAUGUGUAAAGAGACUAUUUUGUAAUGUAUGCUCAUUCGUUCGGCACCCUGUUCCUCCAAUAGGCUGAUUGCUGCAUUGUUGAAGCAUUUCUCCAGAGGACUUAGAGUCAUUUAAUUUGGUACAAAUCUGACAGAGGCACUUUGAAAUUGUAUGUUUUCGCUGGUAAUAUACGUCAAAUUGUAUGUUUUCAGUCAUGUAUCUCCUACACAUCAAACCAAACUCUAUAGAAUCACUUCCAUAAUGUACAUCUCAAAUUAAAAUGUCAGAUUUUUCUUAAAACAAAUUUCCCUUUUAUUUGAAUCAUAUCUGCAUUUUCACAGAAUCAUUUUCUACACACUUACAUUUUUCUGAUGCACAAACAAGAGAAACUCAACUUCAAGUACUUUUCAAGAGAGAGGCAGUAGAAUUUAGACUAUAAAGUACAUUACUGGGGUUUUCCUUAUAAUUUAAUUUUGCAGUCUAUGUUUUUUAUUAUUUCUCCACUUCCACUCUCCAACAUGCUGUCUGUGCACAGUCCUGCUGCUUCACGGUGAAGCUGUGGCUCACGCCGUCAGUCUGGUGACAGAGACUUUCAGCAGGGAUCCUUUCAAACCAUCUGUCUGCCCCGGCAACACUAAAAGAACCAGAGCCACAGUUACAGUUCAGAGUCCAACAAGAAGCAUUGACUGUGCUUAGAUUCAUAUUUAAGGUUUAAAAAAAAAAAGUUUCUAAAUUGAGUUUUUUAGAGUGGCUCAGAGGCUAUAUAUAUUUCAAAGAUCCAAUUUGGCUGUUAUUUUAUUUUUUGAUCAAUUUGAUUUUUUGGUUAUUAUUAAUACGCAAAAUAAAAAUUGAAACAAUAAUAUCAGCGGUCUGAUUCAUCAUCCUCUCAGCUUCUCUUCUCUCAGCAAAUGUUCAACUUUAUCCCUUUUCUUUGGUCCUCUUUGUCCUUUGGAGAGAAAACGCCACACAGAAAGCAUCACUAAACAAAAAAGAAAAAAGUGCUUUGUAUUGAUCCUGAAAAAUGUAUGGUCAUAAUAAAGUAUAUUAUUUUACACA